AUGGAUAACGUAUUCCUCAAGAAUCUGCUUCUUUUUGAACUUGGAACUCAGCCUCUGGCUGGACAAGCUUCAUAUCGUCCUAUGAUAAUUAAUGCCGUGGUUCCUUCUCUACCAACCAAUCACCCAAUAGUCCCCCCAUCAUAUCAAAAGCUCAAAACUUCUCCCUAUCGACAAUGUGGAAAAAACAUCUCAAACACCUCAGAUCACCUCACCCUACAGCCACCGACAUCGAUUAAGACGUCAAACGUGAAUAACCACAUGGUCCGAGAACCUUUCCCCUCGGUCCGGGACUCGAGCAAAUGGAUCUCCUCAGAUUUCACAGGCGACGGAGUUGCAUCUCUCAAUUCUUCAUUUGUGGUUCCCGGCUGCACCUUGCGCACUGCACUAGGGAUUGUUUGCUGGCAGACCGCCCUGCUCUGA